UUCAAUUCUCAAAAUAAUAGUAUUGAUUUUAGAAUUUAAUUUAAUCAUAUAAUGAAGAAUUAAUUGGGACGUGGGAUUUAAAAUUGUCUACCUGCCCUUCCUAGAAGAGAGAAAAUAAAAUUGUUCAUAGCGUGACCCAUAUCAAACCAAGAACCUUAUUAUAAAACCCUUUCUAUAUAAAAAGUAUCUAUACUAAUUAAAGAAAUGAAAAAUCAUGUAAUCUGUCAAAAGUCCAAAUCCCAAAAUCAGAUCAUCUCUCUUCCCAAAAGCCAAGUCCAUACCUUCCUCCUUCAUUCAUUUCCUAAACCAGCAAGAUCCUGUGAACAAAAGCUUUCCAUUUUUCCUUUUUAACUCACAAUCAUCGUUUACUCCAUCUGAUAAAACCCACAAACUCUCUUUCUUUUUCAUCAUGACUACAGCAACUUCGAUGAACCCAUCUCUCUUUCGUGUAAUCUGUAUACUCCAUUCUGUAAUAGCUCUAACGAGUGGAACCCUGAUGAUGUUCUACACAGAGAAAGCGUCCAUCUUUGGACCAGGAAGUGAGAUUGCUAGCAAACUAAAGGGUUCAACGCCACAUGAUGAGCUUCUCAUUCAGAUUUCUCAGUCGUUCUCUGGUUUGCUUCUCUUUGCCAUUGGGUUUGUACUGUUCAUGGUGUCUUUCGUGAAAGACAGAGAGUUUCAUAGCUUCUUCGCUGGAGGGUCUGUGAUUCUUUACGUGUUAAUGGCUUCGUGGAGGGUUUUGUUCGAGUGGAGAAUCGAAGAUCUUGCUUAUGAAUGGCCUAAACAAGCUCUUGGAGACAUAGCUUUGGGGAUCUCUUGGGUUUUCUUUCUUGUUUAUUCAUGGAGAGAAAAGUACGAUUGAUUGGUUGAUGAUGUAAUUAGUUUUUGUUCUAACUUGUGGGAUAAGUAUAAAGAUUUCAUCUUCAGAUUUGGUAAAAAGGAAACUGA